AUGGCCAACUCGAAGUUUGAGUAUGUGAAAGCCUUUGAAAAGGAGGUUUAUCUGCUCCCAGAAACAUAUAUGGUGGUACGGGUCGAUGGAAGGGGGUUUCACAAACUUUCAGAGACCUACAAGUUUGAAAAGCCAAACGACCUGAAUGCAUUGGAACUGAUGAACAAAGCAGCACAAUCGGUUAUGGAGAAGAUCCCAGAAGCCUUGCUGGCUUAUGGGGACUCUGAUGAAUACUCGUUUCUUCUCCAGAAAAAUUGUGAGAUAUUUGAAAGAAGGGAGGCCAAAUUGACCAGCACGUUUAGUUCCACGUUCACAGCUUACUAUAAUUUCUACUGGAAGGACUAUUUUCCCAAUUCCCCGCUAACUCCAGAAAGAUUACCUACCUUUGAUGCCAGAGUUGUCCUUUAUCCUAAUCAACAGAAUGUGAAGGACUAUUUCAGUUGGAGACAAGUAGACUGCCAUAUUAAUAACUUAUACAAUACCACCUUUUGGCAAUUGAUCCUGAAAAAAGGGCUUACCCCACAGGAAUCCGAGAAAAGAUUGAUGGGAACUCUGUCCAGUGACAAGAACGAAAUUCUUUUCACGGAAUUGGGCAUCAAUUACAACGAUGAGGCAGAAAUUUACAAGAAGGGGACGGUUUUGAUCCGAGAGUGGGAACUUAAGGAUGACCAGCCGAGUCUGAACGAAAGAGAAUUAUCAAAGAGGCAAAAGGAUAGACUACGAAAAAAAUUCAGAAAAGCUAAAAUACAAAAAUAUCACAUAGACAUUAUUAAUGAGGGGUUCUGGAACGAAAGACCUUGGUUGUUGGAAAGCUAG